AUGGCAUCGACAAACAACCCGAUGAGCUCGUCCACCCCGGCACCUGCCGUCUCAAAGACGACCCUUCCCAUGUCAGGCCUCCUCUGCGACGUCUACGGUCUGGAGGAGCUCAUCGCGAAGCAGGCCUCGACCGUCUCGUGCCUGUGGCUGCACCACCCACGCCUGCGCGCCAAAGAGGACAUGGCGGACUUCGCGAGCCGGGUCAUCUCGCAAUGGGAGCAGACAUCCGCAUCCGAUUCCGCGCCUGUCACCGGAGAUACGGCAGGCGGCGGUGGCGGCAGAGCGCUCAUCGCCGUAGCUUUCGACCAGCAGAACCACGGCACCAGGACCGUGUCCUCGACGGCGAGCGACUCGUGGCGCGAGGGCAACGCGACGCACGCGCUCGACAUGUGGGCAAUGGUCUCGGGCAUGGUGAGCGACACGACGUCGCUGAUCGACGUCGUCGAGGGGUACUUGAAGCUGGAGCUCGCGCGGAGGGGCGCUGGCGCCGAGUGGGCGAUGGAUCAGCACCUCGUACUGGGCGUGAGCUUGGGUGGGCACAGCGCGUGGCAGACAAUGUUCCGGGAGGAAAGGGUAUCGGCCGGAGUUGUGAUCAUCGGGUGUCCCGACUACAUGGCUCUGCUAUCGGACCGCGCGAAGAAGUCCAAGCUAGCGACCUUCUCGGCGUCCGACGACGGCGCCUCGUUCCUCGGCAGUAGGGACUUCCCGCCGGACCUCGUGGCGUCUUGCCUGCGGCACGACCCCAAGGGCACCCUCUUCGGCACCGGCGUUGUCCCGGCGUCGGCGGAGAGCCUCCCCGAGGAUGAGCGGCGGCGUCUCGGCGGCGUUCUGGACGGUCUCGGCCUCCGACGCAAAAGGUUCCUCGUGUGCUCCGGCGCUGAGGAUAAGCUGGUCCCGUACAAGAUGUCGGAGCCGUUCGUCGAGUUCUUCGCCGGGGCGGCGGGCGCGUGGUACGCCGACAGGGGCGUGGUGGUCGAGAACAAGGUGUACGAUGGCGUCGGGCACGCGUUCAGCGAGGGGAUGGUGGAGGACUCGGUCAGGUUCCUGGUCGAUGCUGUUGGUGAGAAGGAUGGCGGCCGGGGGGGUGACGAGAGGAGGGCGAAGAUUUAA